AGAAGAUACCCAAAUGUCAAAGACUGCCCUUCCAUCCAUAUUGGGCUUCCAGUCCCACGUUACUCUCAAAGAAAAAGUGACCAGAAGGGACAUCUUUCAGGCCUACAAAAAGUUCGUUGGGGACUGCGGCCAGACAAGCCACAGCAGGAACAACUGAACAACCCAGGGAGAGGAACAAGCAGUCAGCACGGCAGCGUGGAUUUUAUCGGCAGGACUCGGUCUCCAGCUGCUGAGCAGCUCCAGGACAUCCUGGGGGAGGAAGAUGAGGCUCCCAACCCCACUCUCUUCACAGAGAUGGACACUCUGCAACAUGACGGGGACCAGAUGGAGUGGAAGGAGUCAGCCAGGUGGAUAAAGUUUGAAGAAAAGGUCGAGGAAGGAGGCGAACGCUGGAGCAAGCCCCAUGUGUCCACGCUGUCCCUGCACAGCCUCUUUGAGCUCCGUACCUGCCUGCAGACGGGGACAGUGCUGCUGGAUCUGGACAGCGGCUCCUUACCACAGAUCAUAGAUGAUGUCAUUGAGAAGCAGAUUGAGGAUGGGCUCCUGCGACCAGAGCUCCGGGAAAGGGUCAGUUAUGUCCUCCUGAGGAAGCAUCGUCACCAAACCAAGAAGCCCAUCCACCGCUCCUUAGUGGACAUUGGAAAGUCAGUCUCCUCCACCUCAAAUCGCAGUCCUGCCCGGAGCCCUGCAGCUGGCUCAAGUCUACACCGCUCCACUGAGGACCUGAGGAUGAGGCAGAGCGCAAAUUAUGGACAUCUGCGUGAGUGUCACGCCCAGAGCAGAAGUAUGAAUGACAUCUCUCACACCCCAAACACAGACCAGCGGAAAAACAAAUUCAUGAAGAAGAUCCCCAAGGACUCAGAAGCCUCCAAUGUACUUGUGGGUGAGGUGGACUUCCUGGAUCAGCCAUUCAUUGCAUUUGUGCGUCUCAUCCAGUCUGCCAUGCUAGGUGGAGUGACUGAGGUGCCCGUCCCUACCAGAUUUCUGUUCAUACUGCUGGGACCUUCUGGGAGAGCAAAAUCCUACAAUGAAAUUGGCCGUGCCAUUGCAACCCUGAUGGUAGAUGAUCUCUUCAGUGAUGUGGCGUAUAAAGCCCGCAAUCGCGAGGAUCUAAUUGCAGGAAUUGAUGAGUUUUUGGAUGAGGUCAUUGUUCUUCCCCCUGGAGAAUGGGACCCAAAUAUCCGAAUUGAGCCACCCAAGAAAGUGACCUCGGCUGACAAAAGGAAAUCUGUGUUCUCCCUGGCUGACGUAGGCCAAAUGAAUGGCUCCGUGGGAGGAGGUGGUGGCUCAGCUGGAGGAGGAGGCGGUGGUGGCGGUGCUGGUGGCGGUGGCAGUGGUGCAGGAGGCAGCGGGGAUGAUGGAGAGAUGCCAGCUGUGCACGAAAUUGGGGAGGAGCUUAUCUGGACAGGAAGGUUCUUUGGUGGACUAUGUCUGGAUAUCAAGAGGAAGUUGCCUUGGUUCCCAAGUGACUUCUAUGAUGGCUUCCACAUUCAGUCCAUCUCUGCCAUCCUAUUCAUCUACCUCGGCUGUAUCACCAACGCAAUCACCUUUGGUGGGCUUCUGGGAGAUGCCACCGACAACUAUCAGGGAGUGAUGGAGAGCUUCCUAGGCACUGCCAUGGCCGGCUCCUUGUUCUGCCUCUUCUCGGGACAGCCUCUCAUCAUCCUCAGCAGCACAGGGCCCAUCCUUAUCUUUGAGAAGCUCCUCUUCGACUUCAGCAAAGGCAAUGGCCUAGACUACAUGGAGUUCCGCCUCUGGAUUGGCCUACACUCAGCCAUCCAGUGCCUUGUCCUGGUGGCCACAGAUGCCAGCUUUAUCAUCAAAUAUAUCACCCGCUUCACCGAGGAGGGCUUCUCCACCCUCAUCAGCUUCAUCUUCAUCUAUGAUGCCAUCAAGAAGAUGAUCGGUGCCUUCAAGUACUACCCCAUCAACAGGGACUUCAAGCCCGACUCCAUCACCACCUACAAAUGCGAGUGUGUUGCCCCUGACACAGUGAAUACAACUGUGUUCAAUGCCUCAGCCUCGCCAGCACCAAACCUCAAUGCUUCUCUGUACGAUCCCCUUAACCUCACAGCACUGGACUGGUCCCUGCUGAGCAAGAAGGAGUGUCUGAGCUAUGGUGGGCGCCUACUUGGGAACUCCUGCCAGUUCAUUCCAGACCUGGCACUUAUGUCCUUCAUUCUUUUCUUUGGGACUUACUCCAUGACCUUGACUUUGAAGAAAUUCAAAUUCAGCCGCUAUUUUCCUACCAAGGUCCGUGCCCUGGUGGCUGACUUUUCCAUUAUUUUCUCCAUCCUGAUGUUCUGUGGAAUCGAUGCCUGUUUUGGCCUGGAAACCCCCAAGCUGCACGUGCCCAAUGUCAUCAAGCCCACACGGCCUGACCGAGGCUGGUUCGUGGCCCCCUUUGGGAAGAACCCGUGGUGGGUGUACCUGGCGAGCAUCCUGCCCGCCCUACUGGUGACCAUCCUGAUCUUCAUGGACCAGCAGAUCACAGCUGUCAUUGUUAACCGGAAGGAGAACAAGCUGAAGAAGGCUGCUGGCUACCAUCUGGACCUCUUCUGGGUGGGCAUCCUCAUGGCCCUGUGCUCCUUCACGGGGCUCCCCUGGUAUGUGGCUGCCACAGUCAUCUCCAUUGCCCACAUCGACAGCCUCAAGAUGGAGACGGAGACCAGCGCCCCUGGGGAGCAGCCCCAGUUCCUGGGAGUCAGGGAACAAAGAGUGACCGGGAUCAUCGUCUUCAUCCUGACAGGGACCUCUGUUUUCCUGGCUCCCGUCCUGAAGUACAUCCCCAUGCCUGUGCUGUAUGGAGUCUUCCUCUACAUGGGUGUGGCCUCCCUGAAUGGCAUCCAGUUCUGGGAACGAUGCAAGCUCUUCCUGAUGCCGGCGAAGCACCAGCCAGACCACGCCUUCCUUCGCCACGUACCCCUGCGCAGGAUCCACCUCUUCACCCUGGUGCAGAUCAUCUGCCUGGCUGUGCUCUGGAUCCUCAAGUCCACUGUGGCCGCCAUCAUCUUCCCUGUCAUGAUCCUGGGCCUCAUCAUUGUCCGAAGGCUUCUGGACUUCAUCUUCUCCCAGCAUGACCUGGCCUGGAUUGACAACAUCUUGCCAGAGAAGGAGAAAAAGGAGACAGACAAGAAGAAGAAGAAAAAGAAAGGGGCCCAUGAGGAUAGCGAUGAGGAGCCCCAGUUCCUCCCUCCCUCAGUUAUAAAGAUUCCCAUGGAAAGUGUCCAAUCAGAUCCCCAAAACGGUAUCCACUGCAUUGCCAGAAAAAGAUCUUCCAGUUGGAGUUAUUCACUCUGA